CAUCCCUUUACUCUGUCUCACUACUACACGUACGUUAGUAAGUUUCGUUUGGACUGGAGCCUAAGAUAAAAUGCAUCCAGCAAGGGUCGCAAAAUUUGGAGCUUAUGUGUAUGAAGAUGGCACGAAAUAUAUUGGUGAUUGGAAUGAUCGCGGUCAAAAACACGGAUUAGGUCACGUCCAAUUAAAAGACAACACACGUUAUGAAGGAGGAUUUAGCAAUGGACUGUUUUCAGGUCUUGGAAUCCUGCAAUAUCCUGAUGGAGCUAGAUACGAAGGAGAAUUUAUGGAAGGAUGGUUUCACGGCAAUGGCAUGUUCUGGAGGGCUGAUGGCAUGAAAUACGAAGGUCAAUUUAGAGGUGGUCAUAUUUGGGGAUUAGGUUUGAUAACAUUCAAGGAUGGCACCCAUGGACUUCCAAGACACGAAGGAUUUUUUAAAGAUUGUAAGAUCGUGCAGAAGAAAAAAUGUCCUGGAGUUGUUAAUGAUGCGCAACGAGCAGCAUUAAUGGCGAGAAUACAAGCUGAACAAACAUAAUUUUAUCUAUGAUUGAUUUUUGUUUAAAAUAUUUUAAAAACUUAUUACAAUAUU